AUGAGAGGUGCGUCCGCUUAUGGCUGGGACGGUAGUGCUGCAUUGUGGGGCUGCGUGAUUUAUCAAGUUUCCAGUAUGGCCGUCGUGUUGUCGAUGACUGUGCAGUCUCAAGUUUUCCCACGCACUGCACCGCAGUCCUCUGAGAGACUUGUACUGCUGAAUGGCGAAGUGAACAGUAUAGUGGAUUGUAUCGCCAUAAUCAUCGACGUUCUGAAAGAGAUUCCAAUAAAAGGUCCGAUUCGUCCGUAUGAUCCGAUGUACUACGACCCGGAUGUUAUCGGGGAAUACGGCGGCUACGUCCCGGAUCGUAAUUUCGUGAAUCGAGUAGGCCCUCGAAGAGAAUAUGACUUUGGUGCUAGUGGCAUGGUGCCAGCGCAUUAUCCUGCUUGGGAGGAAGGCCGCUAUGGUGGAAUGCGCGAAAUGAUGGGCCGCUACUCACCCAUCCCAGCUGUGCAGACCACACAGGUCGCAAGCGCCAUAGUAUAA